CUCAGUUAUUCAAAAAAUGUAACUCUUUGAACCUUAAUUAUAUAAGUAUUUUAAACCUAUUGAAAAGCGAAUAUUUUGUAUUCUUCAUAGUAAAUAGAAUGACAUUUUGUAAGAAUUAAAUCAACAUUUAAAAAUAGAAUGACUAAGAUCACAGCUUUGGAAUGUCUUCAGGUUCAUAACUUUAGUCUUGUCAUAAGAUUCUAGCAGGUAGUAGUGGGGGGACAAAAUGGAUGAAAAAGUUCUUUCUUUGCUAGAGAAAGUUGAUAAAAAAUUAGAUAAAUUUGAAGAUCAGUUUUCUCAACAAAAUGACAGAAUAAACUCCUUGGAGAAAAGUCUUAAAUAUAUCAGUGCUAGUAAAACUUCAGAUGCUAAGGAAAGUAUAAGAAGCAGACAUAGAAAUGAAAACUUUAUCAAUCAAAUGAAAGCAGAGCUUGAAGAAGCUGACUGCAAGAAAAGAGAAGUGAAAGGAACAAAAACAAAAAUAAAGAAAUCAGCUUCAUUUCAUGAGAAAUCUACGAGGAUACCAACACGAAUCAGGAGAAGUACUCACACUGUUCCAUCUGAUAAAGACGAGGAGAGAAGGUUGAACAGCUUCCGUCGUGAGUGUUUGUCAAAAGCCAUACAAUGGAAUGUUGUUGAUCUCGUGAAAGCUGCUUCGGAAGGACAAAGCAUCAUUCUACCAAAAUGGCUCUGCAGAGAAGAGAUCAAAACUAUAAAGAUAGGAAGUGACAGGAAAAAUCAUUUGAGAAGAUUCCUUUGUAUUUUGAUAAACAAAGACUUUGUCACCAUGCAGGAGUGGCUACAGAGCUGCAAACUUGAUGAGAAAGUUGUUAAACGGGUAUGGGAAACAUUUGAAGAAUUUAGCGAUAUUGAGACAAAUAAGUCUAGAAUGAAAUGUUUCCGUUGCAGACUGGUUGAAACUGUCAAUGUAUUAGAUGUUGUGGAUCACCUGUUCAGUGCAGAAAUCAUCUCGUCAGAACUGUAUCUGAAAAUUUCAUGUUCAGAGUUAAUUGUUGGAGCUCAGGAAGGACUUUGGAAAGAAGUGUUAGAAGAAUGCAGGCGUUAUAUUCAUCCCAAGGCAUUAGUAACAGCCUUCAAAAUAUCCAUGACAGAUAAACUGAGUUUAUUGAAUGAUAAAGAAAAAUUCGAAUAUGAAUCUUUGCUCAGUAUGACUGAUGAAACAGAACCUGCAGGUCUCUUUACUUGCCAUUGCCAAGAGAGGUGUUCAAAAUCCUUCCAUCCUGUCUCAUGCCUAAAAUCCAUGUCUUUAGCGGGUGUCUAUUUUUCGCCACCACCUCAGCGGAAAAGAGAAAAUUCUUCAACUUCAAGUGAAAAUCCUCAAUCGAGUUUGUCAUCCGGCACUUCUUGUGAGACAGUAGCAGAAGAAAGCAAGAGCAGGGAAGACAUUCUGACUAGUCCGGAUGAAGAGACUGAGCUGAAGAAACCUGUUGUCCCACCUAGAAUUCCCAAAGGAAAUCAGGGACCAGAUUGGAAAGGCGAGAUUGUAAAGUUUCGAGGUAGACCACAAAGUGACAACUCAAGGACAUUACGAAGAAAGUCUAAACAGAAAGAGGAAAUCUGUCUUUCCGAAUCCAGUUCGGAUUAUUUUGAUGGAGAACAAAAGCCUGCUAUUCCAGUGAGGAACAGGGUUAAGUCUGUUACCAAUAUGUCCAGCCAAAGGCUGGAAAAUAAGCCAAAUGUGAUAAGAGCGCAAAAUGUGUAUAUUGAUUCUGGUCCAAAAUACUUUCUUCCUAAAGGAAGAGCCAGUAGUUCAAGUGAAAGCUCAAGAGACUAGAUAUUGUUUAAGUCAGGUCUUUGGUUGUUUUUAUAUUAUGAAAAAAUCUUUUUCAAUAACCUGUGUGAAAGUAAUAUUACAUUUGCAUACUUUGUACUGGAGAUUAUUUUGGGAGUUGAUAUUAGAAAGGUUGUGAUUUCAUACCUGUACUUAUAUGUAUAAAUGCGGGAUUUUCAACUUCAUUUCAACAAGGGUCUGAGGGUCAAAUUUCAGAGCAUUGUAAGGUAAUCAUACCAUUCAGCUCUGCAUGUUAAACCAAAUGUAAAGUUUAGAAUAUGUAGAUUUACUUGUAGUGAGUGACUCAAUUAAAGUUUAGCAGGUGCUCAUAUCUAUGUGUAGGGUAUCUAUGUCUAUGUCAAUGUUCUACUGCUUAGCAAUCCUUAAUGAUUAUGACUAGCAGGCGCGUAUUUACCACCUGUACAAGUAUUGAAAUCACAACUUCUCUUUAUGAUGAGAUUGAUAUUUUGGGUUUAAACUGUCUUGGAUGUUUUUCAUAUUUUAUCUUAUAGAAUUGAAUUUAUCAUCAUUUAUUUCUCUGCUAAUAUAUUGAAUGGCUUUAGUUGUAAAGUGUUUAAAAAGUGCAAUUUUGUUCAUAGUGUUGUGAAAUUGUAAAAUUUUAUAGAAGUGCAAUAUAAUUACUUUUGUUGUUAAAUCAUGUUGAAACUCUCUCAACCUUAGCUGCUCAUGCAUGGUUAAAUUUUGUUGUUGUUGUUUUAACUUUAAAUAGUGAGAUUUAUUCUACUGCUCCAGUUACUGGCAUCAGGUUUGGUCAUAUCUUAGUAACCAUUGCAUGUUUUGGAGUGGAACUUCAUAGAAGGGUUUUCAGUCAUAAGACCUACUGAAUUAGUGAAGAUAAAUGACUCUUGGUUUGAAUUUAAUGUAAACUAGGGUCACUUUUCGAUUAAGAAAAUUUGGUUAAAGUUUUGCAUGCUAGUAACUAUCGAGCUGGGUCUCAGUAAUGGCUAUAUUUAUCAGACUGAAACUUCACACAAGGCUUCCUAGUCAUCAAAUCAACUGAAAAAAUCAUCCACUAAGAUAACUCUUGGUUGAGUAUAAUGUACAUUAUGACCCUUUUUCCACUUAAAAAAUUGCAUAAAGAUUUAUGUGCAACUAACUAUCAAGCUGUGUCUUAGGAACACGUUAGAUAACUCUUGAUUAUAUUAAUUUAGUAGGAAUUAUUGGCCAUUUUGAACUUGAAAAAAUUUGUUUAAGUAUUGUAUGCAACAUGUUACCUUUUGUUAAUUUUUGUAAUAUAUUGUUAUGAAAUAAUGAAGUUACUAUAAAGUUUUGGCUAUGUUCAGCUUGGAAUUUGUUCAGUAGUCCAGUAUGCUGUCUUACGGAUAGCUCUUAUUGUUAUGUUUUUGAAACAUUUUUCUCUUGGUGGCAGCUUAUAUAAUUAUCAUUGUCUUCAGAAAACCAAUAUGUCUCAGGAGAUGGAUUUUCUAUAUUUUUGUCAAAAGUGAAUCUCAAUAAAUGAAAAGAUUACCAAAUGAA